AUGCCGUGUAGGAUUGAAGGUCGAAACUGUCAAGGAGGAAGAGGCCCAAUAUUCUCAGAGGAACAAGAGAGAGCCAUAGUAAACAUGAUCUUGGCCAAGAAUGCAAUACGCCUCAGAGAAAUUCAAGCACACGUCCUCAGUGGCCACACAGUUUUUGAUAAUGUCCACCAGGUCUCUCUGUCAACUCUGGGGCGAGUCCUUAAAAAACAUCACGUGCAGAUGAAACAACUCUACCGAGUGCGAACUGAAAGAAAUUCUGAGAUAGUGAAGGACCUGCGGCAUGAAUAUGUGGAGAGAGAUUUGCAAAUGGGUGCUGAUGCAAUCCCACGUGAAUUUAUCUUCAUGGAUGAGCCUGGGUUUAACCUGACAAAACAAUCACGCAGAACAGGGUCCUCCACCACCGCCAACUUGGGUCCUUACAACAUGCCCCACAUUCUCACAUUUUUAGACAGACUGCACGAUAUCGUAACCGCAGAAGACCAAACGGAUGCAGAGCAGACUCUGCGUGAAAAGAAGACAAGACUAACUCAGAUCCUGUCUGCUGAUAUCAGCUUUGUCCUCCAGCAUGUGCAGGAGAAACAGCUCAUCACUGAUCGUGAAUACAUAAACCUCAAUGUCCCUUCUCACAGCAGUGAACAGAUUUCUAUCAACUUAUUGGACAAACUGAUGAACAAGGGUGAAGGAACAUGUCAGAAGUUCAUCAAUCUAAUGAAGGAGUCAGAUAUUAUGAUCACUUUUCCAAAGCUUAAAGAUCUUUUCCCAACUCAGUCUGCAGAGCUCAGACAAGAACCAAACUAUCAAGAGGUCAGAAUCAAACUGAAGUCCAGUCUGAAACAGAAAUAUGAUCACAUUUUGCAUGGGAAUUCAAUGACAGGCCAUAAAAAGUUCCUGAAUGAUAUUUACACUGAUCUCUACAUAGUGGAGGAUGAGACUGGAGGAGUCAUUCAUGAACAUGAGAUUAUGCAGGCUGAGGCAUCAACUAGGAGAUUUACCACAGAGGAAACUCCAAUCACAUGCAGUAACAUUUUCAAGGUCCCAUCUGAUCCAAGUCGAAGAAACAGAAAAGUGCUGACCAUGGGAAUUGCUGGAGUGGGGAAAACUGUCUCAGUGAACAAAUUCAUACUGGACUGGGCAGAGGAAAAGUCCAACCAGGACAUAGAUUUUAUUUUUCCACUCCCCUUUCAAGAGCUGAAUUCAGUAAAAGAUGAAAAAUACAGCCUGAUAGAGUUGCUUCAUGAAUAUUUUGAAGAUUCUGCUAAACUGAAGUCUCUUCCAGAUGGUGAUGGUAAAGUCAUGUUCAUUUUUGAUGGACUUGACGAGUGUCGCUUUCCUCUUGACUUUAAGAAGAGAGAGAAAUUGAAGAACAUCGAUCAGAAAUCCUCUGUAGGUGUGCUGAUAACAAACCUAAUCAAGAGAAAUCUGCUUCCCUCUGCUCUCAUCUGGAUAACCUCCAGACCAGCAGCAGCCCAUCUGAUCCCUCGAGACUACAUUGAUCAAGUGACUGAAGUACGAGGAUUCAGUGAUGAACAAAAGGAAGAGUACUUUAGGAAGUACAAUGACAAGGACCAGGAUAUGGCCAAAAAAAUGUUCUCACACAUAAAGAAAUCAAAGAGCCUCCACAUCAUGUGUCACAUACCAGUCUUCUGUUUGAUAUCAGCCACUGUGCUUCAGCCAAUGCUAGCCAAAGAUACUAGUGAAGAACUCCCUACCACUCUGACUGGAAUGUACACACGGUUUCUGAUUUACGAAACAGGCCAAAUGAAAAAGAGAUGUGAAGCUGAACACAUUAUACUGAAGCUUGGAAAGUUGGCCUUCCUUCAGCUAGAGAAGGGUAAUCUGAUUUUCGAUGAGGAAGACCUGAGAGAGUGUGGCAUGGAUGUCAGUGAGGGUUCAGUUUACUCAGGAGUGUGCACACAGAUAUUCAGUCAAGAGCAGGGAGUCUCUGAGACAGUGGUGUUCAGUUUUGUGCAUCUGAGUGUUCAAGAAUUCAUUGCUGCGGUCUAUGUGUUUCUCUCGCACUGUAAUAAUAAGGAGAAUGUUCUUUAUCCUGAUACAAUUUGGUAUAUCUUUAAAAGGAAGUCAAAGAAAUUGAAUGACCUCUACAGAUGUGCUAUAGACAUGGCUUUAAGGAGUGAGAAUGGACACCUGGACCUUUUCCUCCGCUUCCUUCUUGGCCUCUCAGUGGAGUCCAAUCGGGAUCACCUGAAAGGAUUACUGCCACAAACAGUGAUCAGAGCAGAGAGUGUGGAGAAAACAGUCAACUACAUCAAGAAGACACUCAACAAGAACAUCUCAUCAGAGAGGAGCAUCAAUCUCCUCUACUGUCUGAAUGAACUGAAGGAUGCCUCCCUUGCAAAUGAAAUUCAAAAUUACUUGGGCUCAGGACGUCUCUCAACAGAGAAACUGUCAUCUACACAGUGGUCAGCUUUGGUCUUUGUCCUGCUGAUGUCCGAGGAGACUCAAGAAAAGUUUGAGCUGAAGAAAUACAGAGGAUCAGAUGAAGGGUUGAAGAGACUUCUGCCAGUACUGAAAAACACCAAACGGGCCCUACUUGCUGGUUGUAAACUCACUGAACAGUCCUGUGAAGCUGUAGCCUCAGUUCUACAGUCAGUAAACUGUCCCCUGAGAGAACUGGACCUGAGUAACAAUGACCUUCAGGAUUCAGGAGUGAAGCUGCUUUGUGUGGGGCUUGAGAAUUCACGCUGUAAACUGGAGAUACUGAGAGUUGCUGGUUGUAAACUCACUGAACAGUCCUGUGAAGCUGUAGCCUCAGUUCUACAGUCAGUAAACUGUCCCCUGAGAGAACUGGACCUGAGUAACAAUGACCUUCAGGAUUCAGGAGUGAAGUUUCUCUGUGUGGGACUGAAGAAUCCACACUGUAAACUGGAGAUGCUGAGACUUGCUAGUUGUAAACUGACUGAACAGUCCUGUGAAGCUGUAGCCUCAGUUCUACAGUCAGUAAACUGUCCCCUGAGAGAACUGGACCUGAGUAACAAUGAUCUUGAGGAUUCAGGAGUGAAGUUUCUGUGUGUGGGACUUAAGAACCCACACUGUAAACUGGAGAUACUGAGACUUGCUGGUUGUAAACUCACUGAACAGUCCUGUUCAUCUAUAGCCUCAGUUCUACAGUCAGUAAACUGUCCCCUGAGAGAACUGGACCUGAGUAACAAUGACCUUCAGGAUUCAGGAGUGAAGUUUCUCUGUGUGGGACUGAAGAAUCCACACUGUAAACCAGAGAUACUGAGACUUGCUGGUUGUAAACUCACUGAACAGUCCUGUUCAUCUAUAGCCUCAGUUCUACAGUCAGUAAACUGUCCCCUGAGAGAACUGGACCUGAGUAACAAUGACCUUCAGGAUUCAGGAGUGAAGUUUCUCUGCAUGGGACUGAAGAAUCCACACUGUAAACUGGAGAUACUGAGGUUGUCUGGUUGUUUAGUGACAGAGGAAGGUUGUUUUUCUCUGGCUUCAGCGCUGAGUUCAAACCCCUCACUCCUGAGAGAACUGGAUCUGAGCUACAAUCACCCAGGAGACUCAGGAGUGAAGCAUCUCUCUACACAGAUGAAUCAACACUGUCAACUUAAGUCAGUAUAUGUGGACCAUGGAGGAGAACUCAUGAUCAAACCAGGAUUAAGAAAAUAUGCCUGUGAUCUCACACUGGACCCAAACACAGUAAACACACAUCUCUCUCUGUCUGAGGGGAACAGAAAGGCGACACGUGUGGGAAAGAAUCAGUCGUAUCCUGAUCAUCCAGAGAGAUUUGAUGUCUGGGAGCAGGUCAUGUGUAGAGAGAGUCUGACUGGACGCUGUUACUGGGAGACUGAGUGGAGUGGAGGUUAUGCUGUUAUAUCAGUGACAUAUAAAGGAAUCGGGAGGAAAGGAAAGAGUGGUGACUGUGGAUUUGGAUACAAUGAAAAGUCCUGGAGUCUGGAGUGGUCUGGUAACAGAUACUCUGCCCGUCACAAUAAUCAGCUCAGUGUCAUACCUCACCACCCCUCACACACACACAGAAUAGGAGUGUAUCUGGACUGGUCGUCUGGAACUGUGUCCUUCUACAGAGUCUCCUCUGACACACACACACUCACACACAUACACACAUUCCACUGCACAUUCACUGAACCCCUCUAUGCUGGGUUUUGGGUUUCUUUAUUCUCCUCAGUGUCUCUGCUUGGGUGUCAGAGUGGGAGGUCCGUCCUGGUUGAUAUCGGGCACCUGGGUGUUUUGAUCCCCAGCACCCUAAGGUUAGCUUCUAUGUCGGGAGCUCUGGCCCUGGAGAGACACGUAACAGUCGCUGGCGUUGCUAACCUGAUCCCUCGGGUCACUGAGUCCCCUAUAACAAAGGUACGGGGCUUGGGGCUGACUGAUAUAACGGCCACUCACGACCGCAACAAACUCCUUUUCUGCCUGCGAGACUGCACUAAAGGGAGAGACUGA